AUGUUGGAGAGUAUAGCAAAGAGAUGGAAGGUGCUAAGCGGCGCAAACAAAUGGCAGGGCCUGCUUGAUCCACUUGACCCGGAUCUUCGUCGCUACAUCAUUCACUACGGCGAGAUGGCUCAGGUUGGCUACGACGCCUUUAACUGGGACCGCAAGUCCAGAUACGCCGGUGACUGUUAUUACUCAAAGAGACAAAUCUUUGCUCGAACAGGCUACCUCAAAGCCAACCCUUUCAGGUACUUACCAUGA